AUGGGUUUCAGGGUUUUGCUCUCGGUCGUAGUUCUUAGCUCUUGUUUGAUGAUCAAUGGUUUAGAUCUUGAUCAUGUGAGCUGGACACAAGCUCCACACCACUCGCCGUCGUACCCCCCUACCGUAGCUCCUGCACCCCACCAACAUCAUCCCAAGCGUCCCGGUGGCCACCACCACAAACCUGCUGUUCCACCUACGGCUCACACACCAACUGUAGCUCCAGUUCACCCACCAAGUGUCGCUCCGGUGCACCCACCCAGAGUGGCUCCUGUUCACCCACCGACCAAGGCGCCUGUGUAUCCUCCGACCAAGGCCCCUGUACAUCCUCCGACGAAAGCGCCAGUGCAUCCUCCGACCAAGGCACCUGUGCAUCCACCAACCAAGGCCCCUGUGCAUCCUCCGACCAAGGCGCCUAUUCAUCCACCAACUUGCAAAUACAAGGGUAUUGACACGCUCGUUGGCGCUACUCCUCUACAGGGGGCUGUGGUACUCUUAACAUGCAACAACACUAAGUAUCCACUGAGGGUCAAAUCUACAACCGAUAAGAACGGCUUCUUCUUCAUCAUGCCACCUAAGACGUUGACCACUUUUGGGGUGCACAAGUGUAAGGUCACUUUGCUAUCGUCGCCGAAGGCUACAUGUAACAAGCCCACUAACUUGCACUAUGGGAUUAAGGGUGCCACUCUAGUCCCUACCCCAAAGCCAAAGAUCGUACUUACGCCAGUGUUACCCUUCGAUGUGUUCACAGUGGGUCCAUUCGCAUUUGAAGCCACAAAAAAGACACGAUGCCCUCUUUAGAUUAUAGAUGACUGGUUUAGUGAAGAAGGAGAGGUUGAGGGGUUUGAAUGCCUAUUAUGAUUAGUUUAAGAUGCUAAGUGUUAUUUAGAAUUGUCUGUUUUCCUGAUGUGAUGCUUAGUUGUUUGAGUUGUAGUUUGAUGAAAAGAUGAAGGAUUUUGCUAUGUAGUAUUUGGUUAAUAAAUUUGAAUGAAUAUGCUUCUUUCAAUAAUGGGUAG